AUGGAUAAAUACGAGCUUGCACUUGAACCUUUACAUUCCUUAAAGCCAGAAGAAAAGCGUAAUGUUGCUUUGAUUGCAAGAACAUAUGGUGUUGAUCCCUCAAAUCUUAGAAAACAUUUUCGCAAGGUUACGGGCCCAAAAGAAGCACAAUACAACAAUCAACGACUAUUGAACGAAGGUCAAUCUCAAGCACUUAUAAGAUGGAUAAAACAUCUUACCGAAAAAGGCCUACCACUACGAAUUCGAUGCUGGCAAAUUUUGCAAGAGAUAUAUGUGGUUAUUUCUCGCUAUUCCACGGGCCUCGACAUGGACAGGAAAAAUGCAGAUAAAGCAUGGAAAUACGCGUUAUAUUUUGAGCUUCUUGGUCGGAAAAUUGAGCAAUAUAAUCUUGCUCCAGAACAAAUCUAUAACAUGGAUGAAAAAGGCUUUAUGCUUGGGAUAAUGACAAAAGAGAAGAGAAUCUUUUCUCGGCGCAAAUAUAAGAAAGGAGGCCACAAACAGUUUCUUCAGGAUGGAAAUCGAGAAUGGAUAACUACAAUUGCUUGCAUUUGUGCCAAUGGAAGAGCUAUAUCGCCUAGUUUAAUCUAUAUGGCAAAAUCAGGCAAUAUCCAGGAUUCAUGGCUUCAAGACUUCAAUCCUAAAGAACAAAGAUGCUUUUUUGCAGUUUCAGAGUCAGGAUGGACCAAUAACGAGAUUGGAUAUCAAUGGCUAGUUGAUGUUUUUGAUAAAGAAACAAAAUCUCAAGCAAGCAGGGGGUGGCGCUUCUUAAUCCUUGAUGGCCAUGGCUCUCACGUCAACAUGCGAUUUAUUGAAUACUGUGACAGGAAUAGAAUAUUAUUGGCAAUAUUUCCAGCUCAUGCAACCCAUACUUUACAGCCUCUUGACGUCGCUUUAUUUUCACCUCUUUCCAAGGCUUAUUCGGAAGAAUUGAAGCAAUUUUUGAAUGACUGUCAAGGAUUAACACGACUUACUAAACGGUUAUAUCCUUUCAAUCCUGAGUACGUUAUACAACGUUUUACCAAAAGUCCUCAAUCCCGGCCCUCAUCAAGUGGAUCUACAGCUUCAAUUAUCCAACCAGAGGAUUGGAGACAUCUUUCAAGGAUUGUGAAGGAAGCUGUUAACGAUGUUUAUGAUAAAAAGUCAAAAAAGCUGAGCAAUGAGGUGCAUCGUAUUCAAGCUGAGAACGCCUUGCUUAAAGCACAAGUUGAAGGCUUACAAAGGACUGUUGUCAAUCUCAAAAAGCGCCAGAACAAGAAAAAGCCAUUAUUAUUGGAUUUACAUUCGGAAAAAGAAGGUGGUGCUAUCUUUUUUAGCCCUUCCAAGGUUCAACAAGCUCGAGAUCUACAACUUCAAAAAGACAAGAAUACCGCGCAAGGACAAGCCCGUAAAGAUGAUAAAAAGCUUCAACAAAAGCUUGCAGCCCAAAAGUUGGAAAGGAUUGAAAAGGCUCAAAUCCGGCAAAAAAAGCGAGAACAGCGCCAACAAGAGGCUGCGGAAAAGGAACGUCAAAAGGAGGAGCAAAAAUUAGCUAAGUUAGCUGAUUUACAGCUUCAAAAUGAUGUCCUCACUACUACCAAGCCCCUACGAAUCAAAGGAACCCAAAUUCGAAGCAAUCCAAGCCGAAAAGCAGUAAUGAGGCCAAAGAAGAGGUUAUUGAGGAGGUUAUUGCUACAAAUCGUAGGGGGCGGAAGAUUCGGCUUCCUGUACGCUAUCGCUAGAUAA